UCCGUAUCGAGAAAAAGCGUUUUGUUGUAAAAUUCAAGAAAAUAAUAUGAAAUACGUCUGUUCCCAUGUCAUCUGCUUGCCACUCAUUUUUCUCGUAACAUUAAAUAUUAAUGGAAUUUCGUCUGCGUCGCUCGUACAACAAAAUGUCUUCGACUCGGCACGAACAAUGGAACCACAAUCAAAUAUUAGUACAAGGAAUGAAGUCGGAGUUAGUUACACGGACUUGCCGCCGCAAUGUGACAGUCAAGUCUAUUGUUACGGCAAUUUAUUGCACACUGUCCAGCUGGCGUCGAUUUAUGCGGAUUCCAAGACUUUUGUCGAUAUGAAAAUGCUCGUCAGCGAGGAAGAAACUUUGAAAAAUUUUGAAUCUUUUAUGGCGACGCACAACCAAAAUCCGACACGAGACCAAGUCAAACAAUGGGUUGAGAGUAAUUUUGCGGCAAGAGGGAAUGAAUUUGUCGAUUGGAUUCCGGAUGAUUGGGUGAAAGAACCGAAAUUUUUAGAUAAAAUUAAGGAUAGUGCGUUGAAGGAAUGGGCGCGGGAUUUAAAUAAUUUUUGGAUUAAAUUGGGUAGGAAGAUGAAACAAGAUGUAUAUGAUAACGAGAAAUUGUAUUCGAUUAUUCCUGUGCCAAAUCCCGUAAUGGUUCCAGGAGGAAGAUUUUUGGAAAUUUAUUAUUGGGACUCGUAUUGGAUUAUUAGAGGAUUGUUGCAUUGUGAGAUGUUUAAAACCGUAAAAGGCAUUUUGCAAAAUCUUCGCAGCUUCAUUCAACGAUUUAAUCACAUCCCGAACGGAGGUCGUGUUUACUAUCUCGGAAGAUCUCAUCCUCCAUUACUUGCCAACAUGAUCAAAAGUUAUUACGAUUUCACAAAAGAUCAGGAAUUUGUGCUCAAUUCUCUCGCAGACCUCCAAACAGAAUUCGAAUUUUUCAUGGAACGUCAUCUCGUCGAAGUAAAUGGUGUGCAAUUGUUUCGUUACAUCGACAACUCCUUCGGUCCUCGUCCCGAAUCGUAUCGCGAGGAUUACGAAAAAGGAGCAAUUUUCCAAACUGACGAAGAAAAGGAAGAUUUUUACUCGGAAAUGAAAGCGGGUGCCGAAAGCGGUAUGGAUUUCACAGCAAGAUGGUUCAUAACAGCGAACGGAUCGUGGAAAGGAAAUCUUACCGAUUCGAAAGCUCGUUCAGUUAUUCCCGUAGAACUCAAUGCUUACAUGUAUAAAAAUGCAAUGUUGCUCGCGGAAUGGUUUGGAUGGGCAGGAGAUCAAGUUCAAGUCGAGUAUUAUCGACAAAAAGCGAGUGAAUUAUUAAAUGCGAUUAAUAAAGUGUUAUGGCACGAAGAUAUUGGCUCAUGGCUCGAUUAUGAUUUAAUAAAUAAUCGUCGUCGGGAGUUAUUUUCGGCAUCAAAUUUGGCUCCUUUGUGGGUAAAAGCUUUCAAUCCAGCAGAUGAGGCGAAAAUAACUUUGAAAAUUUUGAAUUAUUUGAAAGUUGUUGGAGUAAAUGAUUAUCCAGGAGGCGUUCCCAAUACACUUGAACAUACAGGCGAACAAUGGGACUUUCCAAACGUUUGGGCGCCACUUCAACAUUUAAUUAUCAUUGGAAUGGACAAUUUAAGUCAUCCUGAUGCCAAAGCUCUUGCUUAUAAUUGGACCGAAAAAUGGGUUCGCAAUAAUUACUUGACCUACAAAGACACGAGAGCGAUGUUUGAGAAAUAUUCCGCCAUUGAAAUCGGAGGUCAAGGCGGCGGUGGCGAAUAUGAGGUUCAAUUAGGCUUCGGAUGGUCCAACGGAGCAAUUUUAGAUCUUCUCGAUAAAUACGGAGACCGUUUAACGGCAAUCGAUCAUAGCGAUAACGAAGUCACCAAUAAUGCCAGCAAUUUAUCAUCAUUCAAAAUCAAUGCUUUAUUCUCCAUGUCAAGUGCAUUUGUUUUGUUGACGAUGAUGAUGAUAAUGAUAUAAUUGAAUUGUUUGAUUUGGAUCGGUUGCGGUAGCUUUCAUUUACAUACCCGCUGCGGAGACAAUAAAAAGUGUCAAUAUUUACCAUUUAAAAUAGUAUUAUGAUGAAAAAGUUUUUUUUUGUUUAUUUUUGUGAAAAUUAUAGCGUUAAUGAGAGAUUUUUUUCUUUUCGUGCAUUUUUAAGGUAAAAUUCAUUCAUUUUUUUUUUCACCACAACUGUUAAUCUUUAGAGAUAGGCCAUCUGUGUUUUCAAUCAGGAACUAUGUGUUGAAUUAACGUACGUUGAAUUUUACCCUGCGGAUGAAAAAAAGGUAAGAUUAACAAAAAUUUAAUAUUAUUUUAAC